UGACAAAAUGGAACCCACCAGCAGUGUGAGGAGACCUGAAAGUGGCACAUGGCAGAGUGUGGCGAUGGAGAAGGCAGCAAUGGGAGGCCGUAAAGGGACCCAUGACACACUCUGGACCUGGCAGCAGCAUGAGGAGGCGGUACAGGGGCCCAUGACAGAUUACGGGCCUGGCAGCAGCAUGAGGAGUCGCAGUAUUCGGAAGCCAUACACAGGCCUAGGUUUAAAACUGGAACCCAGCAGCGUGAGCAGACGACAAAGACGCACAUGGCAGAGGAUGGAUCUGGCAGCAGUAUGAGAAGGCGGUACAGGGGCCCGUGGCACAGUGUGGUGAUGGGGGCUACAGCAACUG